AUGGGGACCAAGCAACAUGAUGCGUUUCAAAAACUGAAAACACAAUUGGCGAAAAUUCCAACAUUGUCGUAUUUCAAUCCUAAGAAGAGAAUUCGACUCAUAGCUGACGCAAGUCCGGUAGCAUUGGGGGCUGUUUUGUUGCAGUUCGAAGGGAAUGAGCCUCAAGUUGUUUCCUUUGCGAAUUCAUUCUCCAGACUAUGUAACUUGGACCAGUGCCAAUCUUUUGACGAGCGUUGUGAACAGAAUAUUUGUACCAUCAUUGAAGAAACAGUCCCAAAAGCUUUAACAAUUUUUGAAAUUUCGGAAAAUUCUAACUUGGAUCCUGAGCUGGUGGAAGCUAUGAAUACUAUCAAAACAGGUAAUUGGAAUACAAAUACCAACAACCGUUUUUUUCCUUUUCGGUUGGAGCUAAGCACUGUAGUUAACAUUCUUUUACAAGGAGUGAAGCUGGUUAUCCCGUGUCCAUUGAGAUCCAAGGUUUUAGAACUCGCCCAUGAAGGUCAUCCGGGUGAAAUCGUAAUGAAACGCAGAGUCCUAUCAAAAGUAUGGUGGCCUCUUAUUGAUCGAGAUGUUGAGAAGUGGGUGAAAAAAUGUCAUGAUUGCUUACUUGUCUCACGACCAAUAAAUCCAGUUCCGAUGAAAAGACACCAAUUCCCUGAAAGACCUUGGAUUUGCCUAGCCAGGGAUUUGCUUGGACCAUUCCCAAACAAUGAUUUCGUUUUUGCCGUCAUAGAUUACUAUUCACGGUACCAUGAGUUAAAGUUCAUAAAGAAAAUCACCUCAAGUGCUAUUAUCGAGAUGUUGGAAGAAUUAUUCUCAAGACUUGGAUACCCGGAAUCUAUAAAAGCUGACAAUGGUCGCCAAUUUGUGAGUCAGGAGUUUAAGAAUUACUGCGAAAACAAUAACAUCAAACUUAUAACCUCUCCACCCUAUUGGCCCCAGGCAAACGGAGAAAUCGAAAACUUAAAUCGCUCAAUCUUAAAGAGACUACAGAUGGCUAAUACGAAGGGUUUGGAUUAUAAAAAAGAAAUCCUUAAAUUCAUCCUUAUGUACAACGUUACACCUCAUGGUACAACGGGUAAGGCUCCAUCAGAACUGCUCUUCAACAGAGUGAUCCGAGAUAAAAUUCCAUCUAUACAAGACGUUCCUGGUGAUGUUUUAGAUUCGGAAACAAGGGAUCUAGACUCUAUUAAUAAAGAAAAGGGUAAACAGAGGGCUGAUAUUGUUCGAGGUGCAAAAUCUUGCGAUGUUAAUGUGGGUGAUAAAGUGGUGCUGAAAAAUGUCGUUUUUCCUAACAAGCUAACUCCCCAGUUCGGACCAGAAAUGUACGAGGUAAUUCAGAGGGAGGGUAGUGACGUUGUUGUUAAGAGCAACGAUCGUACAUUGAGAAGAAACUUAAAAGAAUACAUUGCAAUGAUUAAGAACACAAUGAAUAAGAAACCAAAGAUUAUAAGAUCAGAUAGAGGAGAGGAGUACACCGGAAGCAACAUGGUUGACUAUCUUAAACAAGAAGGUAUAAUUAUACAAUAUACGACAGGUUACUCACCGGAACAAAAUGGAGUAGCUGAGCGGAAGAAUCGUUCACUUGUUGAGAUGUCACAAUAUAUGCUUUCUGAUUGA